UACCGAGUUUGCCUUGUUUUCCAUCCCGUUCAGAGCACUCACGUUAGGGGUGCCUGAGUCGGCUUGUGUGGCCCGUUUCACCGAAAAACUGCUCAUUAUGCUAACUUUGCUGUUCGCACGCGUCUUGUAGGGAAUUUUAAUUGAUCGCCGCUGACUAACACGAAACCGCGAGCAAUGGCCAAGCUGGUGGACGUUUACUUGACGGAGGAAAACAACCUCAUCAAGAAGAGGCAAUUGCCUCUGGAUGUCGACGAGAACCUCACCAUGAUCAUGGAUUUGAGCGACUCGAAUCUGCUGUGCGACGUGCCGAUCCAGAAGGGAAAGGACUUUGAUGGCUUCAUGCAGAAAUACAACAUGCUGUCCACGGAGGACAUCAAGAAUGCAUUCCAAGUAACCUGCAAAGAUCUCUUGGACAUUUUGAGCCAAACGAUUCCCUGCGUCGGCUGUCGCAGGAGCGUUGAGAAGAUGUUCUACAUGCUGAAAAAGUACGGCCACCCAACUUUUGAUCCAAUGGAGGUUACAAAGGAGGGCUACCUGAGCGUCUGCUCAGAUGCCCUGGCCUGUCCUCAGACAAUGUGCGCCUUGCUGCAUGAUUACAACUCGAGGAUGAACGCCCUGGUGGAGGGCCAGGUGAGGUCGAAGAAGAGCCGUCGGUGCAGCCUACACUCGCUGGAGACGCAGCGGCACCGGGGUGGGACGGUGGGCAGCUGGCUGGACGUGUGGGGCGCGAUGCACUCUGUGUGCCGGGAGGAGGCGCUGCUGGUGGAGACGUCGGUGCUGCUGCACACGCUGGAGGCGUACCUGCGCAAGCACCGCUUCUGCACCGAGUGCCGCUCCAAGGUGCUGCAGGCGUACUCGCUGCUGGUGGCCGCCGACGGGGAGGCGGCGGCGCCGCCCGAGGGGGUGGCGCAGCCCACCGCCGAGGAGCUCAAGGGCUACCAGAAGGCGCUGUACGAGGGCAUCGAGUUCUGCCCCGAGGAGAAGCACCUGCACGUGCGCUGCAACACUGACUUUGUCGCGCAGCUCAUCACGCGCGCCGAACCCGAGCUCAACGGCAGCCGCAGGGAGCGCCACGCCAAGACCCUCGAGGUCGCCCAGGAGGAGGUGCUCACCUGCAUCGGCCUCUGCCUCUACGACCGCCUCCACCGCAUCCAGCAGCGCCUCAGGGAGGAGGAGCGCACAGCAAGGGUCCUCGCCGCGGCCGCCACCCAGGCCCUCGGCCGCAACUUUCAGUUGGCCGUGGAUGAAAAGCGGGGCAAGUCGCAGCUGAUGCUGCUGUACGAGGAAAUCACCAAGGAGGAACUUGCCAAGCAGCAUCGCAAGGAACACAAGAAGCAGAAGCGGAGGAGGAAGAAGGAAAAGAAGGCCGAGGGCAAGGAUGGCAAUUGUGAAUUCGACGAAGAGGCGACGUGCAAGGAGUCUGUUUGCUCAUGCGAAGAUUGUGAUGACCCGAAGGAAGAAGUGAUGGUGCGGAGCAGCAAGAAGGACGUGGUGCGCAAGCUGUCGUGCAAGCCGAGCAAAAAACAGCAAGCCAGAGUGCUGGUGCAGCAGAACAGGGGCGGCUGCUCGGCGGACGUCUCCUGUGACUCUUGUCAAAGUGCUCAGAAAAGUACUCCUGCCAAAAAGUGGUCGUCGGCCAGGUGCGCCAGCCAGCAAUCGCACGACUGCGGCUACUCCUCCGAGGGAAACGAAACCAUUUCCGGCUCGUGCAGUCUGCCCAGCUCACCCGAAGGCUCCGAGGUCGCGUGUUCCGACGGUUUCUGCAACCACGAAGGCGAGUGUUCCAGCACGGAGGCGAGUAAAGAGAAUUCCAACAGGCCACCCUCGCCCAAGACUUUGCUGCCGGAGAAAAAGCCAGUGGAUGCCAACGGCCCCAGAACACUGCUUCAGAUGCUAGAGGAUCCUUUGUCUUCUGACGAAGAGGACAGCGAGCGCAGUUUCAUUCCAGCAGAAGACGUGAAGGCAUUCAAAGCUCAACUGCCGCAGGUGAUGGAGAAGAGGAAAGAGUUGCGCAAAAUGCUGUUAGAUCGGUUUGAUAAAUUGUGCAAGCCGCCUUGUUAAGCCCCCAGUCGACUCCCCCAUUCUUUGCGUAUUUUUAGGAAAAAGGAAUUAUUAUUGAUUAUAUUUUGUGGUUCAAAAGAAUGCGCGCGCGAGAAGUCUCAGUAAAAACUCGAUCAAAGACAAAAAGAUAAAAUAUUGAAAAGAACCUUGUUGUGUUGAAAGAGAGAUGCCUUCAAAACAGAUUCCAUUUAUCCCGUGUUGAUUCCAUUAGAUGUUAAUUACCCCUAAGUGAUAGUGUCGAAAAAUCGAGUUUAUACUGUUGAAAAUUUCAUUGAAAAUUUGUACUCCGACAGACAAUUAUUUGUUGGAUCCCUCUUGCAUAAAGGCUCAGAGAACUGAUUAAAUUCUAAUUGCAUUGAAUUUGUAGCUUGCAAAGUGUUUUGCCCUUCCUUUGAGCCUUGCAGUGUUGAAUAGAAAUCUUGGUCUAGUUCAAGCUCUUCUCUCUUUUCAUUUAUCUAUACAGUGUAGUUUUUUUUGUCUGGAAAUACAAUACAAGGAGUAAUGCACACAAA